GUCAGUGAUGCUUAUCUCAAGGAAGUGUCUUCCCCCGCCCUGGAUCCAGCAGGAUGCCUUGCAUAAUUCCCUCUGUAAAGAUCUUGCAUCUCUCUUGAGAAGAAUGAUGCUCCCUCAGCUCCCCAUCCUGUGCUUGUCUCCUCUCUCACACUCAGGAGUAACAUAGCUUUAGGUCUCCUGAGAAACACAAGCUUUAAAAGCCACUAAACUCUGGUCUUCCCAGCAAGUGGCAGUUAAGCGGGUGCUGGGCAAGUCCGGUCUCAAAUAAACUGUGACAGCUGUUUACCUCGUGUUUUGGAGCUGUUCUAUGCAUCUGCCAUAUGUUUUUGGGCCCCCUGGAGAGACUCUUUCCCUUUAUGAAUGUUCUUCCUGACGAAGACAGGAAAACACUGGGACUGAGGGGAGCCUUUUCUUGCAGAGUAAAGUGAAGUCUAGGAUAAAUCGCUGCCCUGUUUGUCACUGGUGGAUGAGAAUGGCAGUAGAGCAAGUGCAGCUGUUUCCUUCCCAGUUCUUACCUGUUUUGCUUCCCUGUGGUUAUGCGCUCUAUCCUGAACACCAUAACUUUCCAGCUCUUUGAAGCUGCGUUUUGGUAGAGACGCUGAUAAAGUGAGGUCCAUGGUGUGUGUAUUUGGAUUGGGGCGUGAGUCCCUUUCCGUUGUGGGAGUGAAAGUACAGAAGAUCAGAAGGAAGAUGAGAGAAAAAUGCCAGUGUAUGCAAAACGUGAUUUUGCAGGGUUGUAAUCGGUGAUCUCAAAAGGCAGGAGUCUGAGACAUGGCGGGGGGUAUUUACAAAAGGAUGCUUCCGGAUUAAAGUGUGCUAGUCUGAAGUUUCCAUUGUGGGCAGUGGACUAAUUACACUUCAAAACCUUUAGUGUGGCGUAUGGCUCAUUCUUUGGCCCGAGCACCAGAAGGAGUGCCCGUAGGGACAGGAGAGAUCUUUUGCUAUCCCUGUUCCUCCAUGAUUACUGGGAGCUAGCUUGGCCUGUCGUGUAACUCCAGGUGGCCUGGGGGAUGCAGCAACUAUUGGGGGAGCUUCAAACAGCCCAAUGUAGACGGAGCUCCAGGCUUCUCCUCUAGUGGGGCUCAUCCUUUAACUUUUUAGAGUAAUUCUCUGCUGAGGUAAAAAGGAAUCAGAAAGCUGCCCAAAAUGAGUGCCUUUGACCUUUGCAGGUCUCAGCAGCACUGUGUGCCAAGUUAUUACCUUGCCUGAGGUAGUGCGAGCCUCCCACACUAAACUAUCAGAAUUUGCAGUUUCACCCAGAACUCUGCUGCUGGAGCCUCGAACAUCCCCUUUCAUGUCUGGGGACCAACGCUGUUGUGCACACUCUUGGGCUGUGACCACCCAUGUUGAGGAAAGCUCAAGAAAGCCAGGAAAUCUCUCAUUUAAGACUUCCUAACUGACUGACCACCAACCAUAUAUUCCACAUAACACUACUGUUCCCUUUGGGAAUGUCUGACUUUUGACCACUGUUAUAAUUAAUAAAUGUAGUGCAAAUGUAGUACUGUCUCAUUUGGAGGGGUUAGAGGUAAAGCUGUGCCUGGACUAGAGUCGUGGGUCGUCUGGAGACUGAGCAGCAAGGUAAUCAAUUACCCCAAGCCUGCCUGUGGACUUUUUGGAUAUCUGGCUCCUUUCCAUAUUAGAAAUAAUAGCCACAUCCUUUGCCAGGUAAUUUUCCAAAUGAUUAUUUUAAAUAAUAUGUUGCUGUGAUCCGGUGAAAGAACUUCAAGAUUUAUUAGAGUGUUUGUCACUGAGAGGAAAAUCAGUAAGUGAACUCUGUGAGCGGCUGGUAAGCAGCACAGGGCAAGUGGCACAUGAAACACUAAAGUCUAAUUGCUCAAGUCCUCCCUCUGUUUCCAGAAAUGGGAGACAGGGACAUACAUCUCACCCCUUAGUGCUGGCUGCCAGCACCACAGGUCACCAAGCAGAUGGCUCUGGAGCCACUCUGUGAUGGCAGGAGACACAGGGGGAGUGGUGACAGAUUGCUCCUCUCCCUUCCCUGGGCAGAUCUGCAUGAACUUCUCAGCAAAGAAGGUCGUCUGGUUCUGGUUGCAUUGCCCUUCCUGUGGUAAAAGCUGAGACAGAGUCCUGUUUUAAUAGCCUGGCUUGAAACUGAAGCUUGUGGCUUUGCACAGAGGCUGGUCCAACCAAAUCUUGGAGAGCAUGCUUUUAUGGAUGCUUCAGGUUAUCUUGCACCCCGAAACCUUCCUAGUGCAGGCUUCUUCCCGUUCCUGCAAACCGUGCUGUGUGAUUCGGACGCCAGAUGUAAAGGCACACCGUACACGCCAGAAGAUCUGCUGCCAAGACUUAACGACAUCUCAUCUCUCAGACUUAAGCAGAGGAGAUCGACUAAUGUGGGCAAGGACCAACACCCAUCACGAGGGAGUGCAGAGGUUCCUAAAAGUAAGAAUACUUUGCUGGCAUUUGGGGAUUUGUUAUCUCAUGGAGAAAGCACCCUUCGGAAUAUUACAUCACCAUCUAACUUGACUUCCAGCAUCAACAUGUUCAACAGAAUCCUCCAUUUUGGAAAGAGUCAGACGCAAUAUUCAACGGCAGCAAAUCUCAAAGUCAUUCUGUGUGAGGUCUUGUCACGCUAUGCAGCACGUCCUGGCCUCACUGAAGGGAAGAUGGCAGCCAGUAUCCACAGGACGUUCUGCUUUACCAACUUGUCUCUUUUAGAGUCAUUUACCCAAGAGCUCAGAAAUCAGCUCUCUCAGGUGCGACUCAACCCACAAUACCAGGCAGUGUUUGUGAAUGAAAUGGUCUCGUUUCUAUUGCUCAUCUCUCAAGUGCAGAAUGACACCUCUUUGUGGCAUCUUCUUUUGCUGGCCCCAGAUGUGAUUCAGGGCAGCAUGCAGCUGCAAGACACGUUUGAUUACCUUCAGAAUGCAAGCAGUGUUGUGCUGGCAGCUCAAAAUAUCUCUGCAUUGUUUGUGACUGAAGAUAGAUUCAGAACUGUUCAAAAUAGGGUUACAGAUCCUCUGUUUUCCCUGAACUGCUUGGAGCAAGAUAAAGAAAAAAGUUUGGUGACCAGAGAUAUUUGUAAUCUCUUUGUUAACUGGAAAGACAACCAGACUUUAGUAUCUAAUUUGGAGGAAGUUCUGAGAAAAUUAAGGUUACCAGAGAUUGGUGGAAAAGAUUCCAAGAGGUCCAUUAAUUCAGAUGAUUUAGAAGCCAUACAAAAGUCUCUAUAUCAUUUAAAAGGCUUUGAGAAAAAAAUGAAUAGAAUUGAAUUAAAAAGCUUAAAUCUAUUCAGAAAUUUAAAGAAUGAAACAUUACAGAAACUGUAUGCAAUUCUUGAACUGGGAAUGCAUCCACAUCGUGAUUAUAAAUUAAAGGAACCAUAUAAUAAGGAAAUAAUUGAUGAAAUCUAUAACUUCACAUCACUGCAAUUACAGAGCGACUUUAAUGGGACUUCCAUUUUCAAUACAAUGACCCAAUGGAAAGAAAUUCAGAGUGCUUUAAAAUUAGCUGCAAUGAUUUGGAAUCCAGAUUUGUUAAAUAAUUCUAAUUUUAGUACAGAGCAAACUAAGCAUGUUCUCAAAAUGUUACUCUCCACUAACUUGCCACCAUUUCUGGAAGACUUAAGAGACAUUUUAAAUGAAAUGCAAGAAAUACCAUCUUUGUUUUCUGACUAUUUGCUUAAACCAGCGUCCUACAAAAACUUUCCAGACCAGCUCCUAGCUCUCCAGAAGAUGUUUUUUAUAAUGACAAAUACAAACAUAGGGUAUCAGUACUUACUGAUGCCUGUGUUUGAACUGAUGCAGAAAGUACAAAGCUUCACGGGUGAAGCCCAGUGGGAUGAGCUGAAUGUCUACUGGCGCAUUGGGGAAAAACUGAGAUCAAUGAAGUGGAAUAUCACAGGCAUUGUAGCUUAUGGGCAAUUUUUAGAUGUAUUAAACAGCCAUUUACAUAAACUGAAUAAUAAUUCAAAUAGUUUCUUCAGUGAACAAAUGGAUCGACUGUCAGAAUUUGUAACAGCCGUGUUUAAAGAGUUUGGGGAAAACUCUGAAGUAGCCAAUAUCUCAUUGGUCACUCAAACCGUACAAAAGACCUUGAACAUGUUAAAAGACUUACAGCUGCAUUAUAAUAUCAGUAAAUUAAAAUCUAUAGAUCUGUUCUUUAAUUUUGACAAUCAAACCUUUGGCAGCUUGUCUGAACUACUGAGGUCAGGAAUGAAAAUCCUUCAUUAUACAAUUGCAAGUGAAGCUUCCAGUGAAGGAGAAGUUAACUCUAUUUAUAAUUUAACACGUCUUCUACUGCAGGAGUUCAAUGAGUCUGUUUUACAGCACAGUACUUCAUUAGAGGCAAAAAUUUGGGACUUCUUGCGUUUAGCCUUGAGUCCUUUCUUUGGUAAUAAUAACAACAGCAAUUACAAGGCGCCUCAGAACUGCUCUGCUCAAGACGUUCUGCACAUAGCGCUUCAGAUGCUGUUUGAAAAUGCCACUCUAAGCGAGUCCCUAGCCAGGAGCCCCUGCAAGCCCCUCUUUGCUUCCAUGGAUGUGGAGAGUGGAACAACGCACAAUGAAACCUUUACAAAAAUGUUUCAGCUUGCCAUAAUGAACCUGAGGCUGUCUCCGGAGUUUGAUGUUGUCUACAAGAACAGCAGCGAAAUUUUUUCCAAGGAGCUGUCGUGCAUCAUCCAGUCUUUGCAGUUUUCUCUGAGUUUCCUUUCAAAGUUAGACCUUGUCUCUGAGCUCCAUGACUCUUGGAUACAGGAGAAGACGAAAGCUCUGACUGCCCUCAUGGAGGGGCUGCCUUUGAGCAAUGCAUCCUGCCCUAUCCCGGUCCUGCAGGAUGUGGGUGGUGUGCUCCCAUCACAGCUUUUGAACGUCCUCAUUCCUUUCAUGCUAAACGAAACAGGCUUGAAUUCUCUAAAUUUCUCUGGCAGCCCAGCAGACAGGCAUAGGCUGCCUUUGUUUUCCCAUCUGUUACCAACUUUUUCCAUUUGGAACAGUAGUAUAUAUGAACUGCUACAGAUGCAUGGAAAUGCUUCCGACCAGUCUGAAUGGAGACGUUUCUCCCAGCUGUGGAAUGCCACUGGCAAUGUGUUGACCACCAAAUGGAACUUAACAGAAGUGGAUGAAUAUGUGAGACUCCUGGAAAUUAUGAAUAAAGCUCUAAUUCUUGUCGACAUUGGGGUAGCUCCCAGAAAAACAGAAGUAUUUCGGAUCCUUAGUAAUACUAGUGGAGGAAUGAAAUUGUCAGAUCUGAAGGAUUUGUAUAGUUCAUUAAAACUCUUUUUCAAUUUAACUUCUGCUGCAAACAGCACGGUCGACUUAAAAAGAAUAUUUCAAGAAAUUGCCCCACUGUAUGAGAUUGCUGGUGAAAGAUUGUUCUAUCCUCAUCCCUACGGGAAAGAAAACCAAGAUGUUCUAACAAUGGCUGUAGUAAUUUGGAAUCAAAUCAUUUUAAAUAGGACUCAUUUUAAUACAGAGAAAGCAUGGGAGAUUAUCAAAAUGCUAACACUUCAUGCACUGCCACUUGAAGACACAGGGGAUUAUCUCAGCACAAAUGAAGAAGUGUCAUCGUUAUUUUCUGAUUUCUUGUUGACCUCUGUAACAUCUGAAAACUUUGCAGAACAGUUCUUGGUCCUUGAGCAGCUUCUUGCUGCCAUGGCAAAGGUGAACACCAGCGAUUAUUAUGUGCUGAUCUCCUCUUUGUCUAAACUAAUGCAGAGACUCCAGGGUUCCUCUCACGGAAACAAGGGGAGUGAACUUCAUCGUGUCUGGAAGAUUGCUGAAAUGCUCCAGUCCAUGAACUGGGGCAGCAUUGAUAGUCUCAAUUCCCAAUCGUUUCUAGACAUACUGCAAAAUCAGUUUAAAACCAUGAAAAAUGAUUCCAGUCUUCCCUUCAGUAAAGAAAUGAAGCAGCUGAUAAACUUUUUAUCUGCCAUAUUGGAGGUGUAUAGUGAAGAAGACUCCAGAGGAGCCAACAUCUCCAUAUACUCACAAGCCAUAGAAAGGAGUAUAUUCUUUUUAAAAGAUCUGCAGAGAAGUUAUAAUAUCAGCGAGCUCGAAACUAUCAAUCUAUUAUUUAAUUUUUAUAGUAAAUAUACCCAGAGGCUGUUUGAAACGUGGAGAGUAGGAAUGAAAAUCCUUCAUGAUACCAACUUAAACAAAACACUGGAAGAAAAAAUGAGCGUUGUCUAUCAUUUUUCACAUUGGCUACUGCAGAAGGAGUUCAGUGAGUCUGUUUUACAGCACAGUACUUCAUUAGAGGCAAAAAUUUGGGACUUCUUGCAUUUAGCCUUGAGUCCUUUCUUUGGUAAUAAUAACAACAGCAAUUAUAAGGCGCCUCAGAACUGCUCUGCUCAAGACAUUCUGCACGUAGCACUUCAGAUGCUGUUUGAAAAUGCCACUCUAAGCGAGUCCCUAGCCAGGAGCCCCUGCGAGCCCCUCUUUGCUUCCAUGGAUGUGGAGAGUGGAACAACGCACAAUGAAACCUUUACAAAAAUGUUUCAGCUUGCCAUAAUGAACCUGAGGCUGUCUCCGGAGUUUGAUGUUGUCUACAAGAACAGCAGCGAAAUUUUUUCCAAGGAGCUGUCGUGCAUCAUCCAGUCUUUGCAGUUUUCUCUGAGUUUCCUUUCAAAGUUAGACCUUGUCUCUGAGCUCCAUGACUCUUGGAUACAGGAGAAGACGAAAGCUCUGACUGCCCUCAUGGAGGGGCUGCCUUUGAGCAAUGCAUCCUGCCCUAUCCCGGUCCUGCAGGAUGUGGGUGGUGUGCUCCCAUCACAGCUUUUGAACGUCCUCAUUCCUUUCAUGCUAAACGAAACAGGCUUGAAUUCUCUAAAUUUCUCUGGCAGUCCAGCAGACUGGGAUAACUUGUCCACACUCUUCAGUAUGGCGCAAAAUGAGCUCCACCUGAAUGACUUGCUGCAGAGACUCCAGAGUGCCUUCAGCUUCACUGAAUGGAGGUAUUUCUCAAGCGUCUGGGAUGCAGUUGACAGUGUGCUGAACACUAAAUGGAAUGUAACAGAAGUGGCUGCCUAUGUGAGGUUGUUGGAAGCAAAGGCAAACAAUCCUGCCAACAAUGUAUCAGCUCUAGAAAUCAUAGAAGCCAGUCGCUCCAUUCUCAAGAGGCUGAACUCCUCUGAGCUGCUAAAUGAAUUGAAUAUAGGUUCCAGCUCAGCUUCUCUCUCCAGCAGAACUGGUUUUGGCAGUGUGAUCGACAUUGUUGCUCAUCACUUCAUUGUUAGGGCAGAAACCCUGUUCAACAAGACCCUGCCUUGGACUCAAAGUGACCAAAUCCUGUCUCCAACCAGUCUGAUCACACGAUUUCUGUUUUUAGAAUUUGAAAACACCAUCCUACAGGUGACAGUGAAUAGCAGCUACAAUCCUUACCUGAUAUGUUUAAUAAAUGCCACUGAAACUGAAGACAGCGAAUUGACAGAAAACAUCACACUGCUUUUGAAGCAAACUCACCUGAAAAAGGACCUUUUCAUGCAAAAUAAUACUUUUGAGAAAUAUUUAUCCAUACCAGAGCUCCUGAAGCUAAAGAUAUUUCGCCUCCGGGAUCUGACAACACUUCUUUGUGACUACGAGAGUUUUAAGUCAAUACAGCAUAUUUGCCAUCUCCCUAAUGUUACCUUUGGAGAACUGUGUGAACAGAGUCAAUCUCAUGAGCAGCUCCUCCGCACUAUUGAACUAAGCAAUCAAAUUGUGACCAAUGUACUGAAUAGCAGAAGAGUCUCCCAAGAACUUCAAGAUAUUCUAAUUGGGGAUGCCACAAACAUCCAUUCGCAAAUGAAGUGGUUUCAAGAAAAUGUACCAGAAAUUGCUUUCUUUCAAGAGAUUCCUCAAUAUAUGACUACUUUGAAUUCUGUGUUGAACAUCACUGAGAAUUUAAGAGAUACUAGAGAGCAAGAAAAGUUAAGAGAAAUGUUUAAAAAUGUGGACCAGCUCAAAGAGGAUCUCAGAAACACAACAGGAAUGUCCACAGCUAGCAUCGAUGCUCUUCUGGAAGCAUCUGUCCCAGAAAAUAGCACUCAGCUCAUUUCUCAGAUCCUCCAGCUAGAGUCUUGUACUGUCCAUCCUGCUGACCCACAGCUGCAAACAGUAGCAGAGGAGUUCUGCAAUCUCUCUCUUUCAGAGAGGACUCGUAAGAUGUACAUCCUGGGGGUCACUCUCUUACGACACUUAGACGUUUACAAUUUCCUAUACAAGAUGUUUUUCCCCAAGGAACUUCAGAAACCUGUGGACAAGAUGUUAGGCCUUCUGACAGAAAUGAAAUAUUUCAGACACCAGGUUGAAUCUGACGUGCAUCCAUUGCUACAAGCUAUUCAUUCACUCAAAAAGCUCCGGCAAUCUAGAAAUGUGCCUCUGACUAAGACCUUAUUGAAAUCAAAUAACUUUAGGAUAACACAUGGCACAUUUAAGUCCAUGUCAAAAGUUCUCUGCAACCAGGAAAUCACACCCCUAUUUUUUGAGUCUUUGCUUCCUGAUUUUGGAGACCCUGUAAGCAACAGUUCUUCCAUGGAGGAUGCCCGUGUCCAAAAAUUGAUGAGGAAAUAUGGGAUUCCUCACAAAUCCACACCAUUCUGUUUAUCCUUUUACCUGGACUUGGUUAAGACCCCUACUGGAGCUUUAAUUUGGUCUUUCUUAAAACCAAUGGUGCUUGGGAAGAUCCUUUACACACCAGAUACUCCAGAAACUCGAGCAAUCAUGGAGAAGUCUAAUACAACCCUGAAGCAGAUGGCUGACCUAUCCCUGAAGUCCCAGGAAUGGUUGGACAAGUCUCCUGUCAUCAUGAAUUCACUGACUAAGUUAAACCAAACAGUUCCGAUUAUCAAGAACGCCCUACAGAAUCCCUUUGUGCAGGUUUUUAUCAAGUUGAUGGUGGAUUUGGAUGCAGUUGAACUUCUGAGUCAAAUAAACGAGCUGGAUAAUAUUCGACUGGAAUUACAGGACAACGCUGACAUUGUCAAUCAGCUGAAUACUUUAGCUACUCUUGCUGUAAAUGUGUCCUCCUGUGUCUCAUUUAAUCGCAUUCAAGCAGCCAGAAACUUAGAGGAAAUGGAAAUGGUGGCCAAAGAGCUCUUUCUGAAGAAUGAACUUUUUGCAAGUAUCAUUUUCAAGCUGCCUUCAAGUCAUAGCACCCCUCGGUAUGCUGUUCCUGGGGCUCUGGCGCUCCCUCCUGUGCUCAAUUACACCAUCCGAAUGAGUAGCAGGAUUACUCAAACCACCAACAGAAUAAGGGAGCGCAUCUGGACGGUGGGCCCGCACAAUUCAACCUCGCAGAGCCAGAUUUACAGCCGGGCGUUUAUCUAUAUCCAGGACAGCAUUGAAAGAGCCAUUAUUGAAUUACAGACUGGAAAGAGUCCAGAGGAUGUAGCUGUUCAAGUCCAGGCCAUGCCCUACCCCUGCUAUAAUAAGGAUAUGUUCUUAACCAGUGUGACCUACUCUCUUCCAUUUGCUCUGAUGGCUGCCUGGGUACUGUUUAUAGCUGAUUUUGUUAAAACACUUGUUCAAGAGAAAGAUCUGAGGCUUUAUGAGUACAUGAAAAUGAUGGGCGUUAACGCCAGCAGCCAUUUCAUCGCCUGGUUCAUAGAGUGUGCCAUCUUCCUUUUAAUCACUGUCACCUUCCUCAUCAUUGCACUGAAAGUGGGUGACAUCCUUCCGAAAACAAACACAGCACUCCUGUUCCUGUACCUUAUGGACUACAGCCUCUCCGUCAUAGCCAUGAGCUACUUCAUCAGUGUUUUCUUCAACAACACCAACAUAGCGGCCUUGGUGGGCAGUCUCGUAUACAUCCUCACCUUCUUCCCCUUCAUUGUGUUGCUUGUCAUUGAGAAUCAUUUGAGCUUUUCUGUGAAGAGCCUACUGAGCCUGUUGUCUCCAACUGCAUUCAGUUAUGCAAGUCAAUACAUUGCUCGAUAUGAGGCCCAGGGCAUAGGUCUGCAGUGGGACAACAUGUAUAAAUCCCCAAUGAUUGGCGACAACACUUCCUUUGGCUGGAUGUGCUGGCUCAUCCUGAUAGACUCUUUCAUUUACUUCAUUCUGGGAUGGUAUAUAAGGAAUGUUUUCCCAGGGAGAUACGGCAUGGCUGCUCCCUGGUAUUUUCCGUUGCUUCCGUCUUACUGGAUUGAAUACAACGGUUAUAUCCCCUUCUGGAAUGAGAAACUAAGAGCCCUUCUCUUUACCAAGCUGGUGCUAAGGAAAGAAGCCACCCACAACGAUAAGAUAUGUGCGCCGCCUCCUCACCUGGAACCAGAGCCCACUGAUCUCACCUUAGGAGUCUCCCUCCAUGGCAUAACAAAGAUUUAUGGAUCCAGAGCUGCAGUGGAGAACCUCAGCCUGAACUUCUAUGAAGGCAAUAUCACUUCCCUGCUGGGGCACAAUGGAGCUGGGAAAACUACAACCAUAUCUAUUUUGACUGGGCUGUUCCCUACAUCAUCAGGUACUAUCUUUGUCUAUGACAAAGACAUCAAGACUGACCAGGAAGUUAUCAGGAAGAACAUGGGUGUGUGUAUGCAACACAAUGUACUGUUCAAUUACCUCACCACGAAGGAGCACCUGCUGCUCUAUGGGUACAUCAAAGUCCCUCACUGGAGUAAAGAGGAACUCUGCCAAGAAGUGAAGAGGACUUUGAAGGAGACUGGACUGUAUGGCCAUCGUCAUAAACUAACUGGUUCCCUGUCCGGGGGGAUGAAGAGGAAGUUGUCAAUAGCUAUCGCUCUGCUGGGUGGAUCAAGGGUUGUGAUAUUGGACGAACCAACCACGGGGGUGGAUCCAUGCUCUCGGAGGAGUAUUUGGGAAAUUAUCUCCAAGAAUAAAAAAGGCAGAACCAUUAUUCUUUCAACUCAUCACUUGGAUGAAGCAGAAGUUCUGAGUGACCGAAUUGCCUUCCUAGAGCACGGAGGGCUCAAAUGCUGUGGGUCGCCGUUCUAUCUCAAGGAAACAUUUGGUGAUGGAUACCACCUGACUCUCACCAAAAAGAAGAACAUGAUAGAGGAGUGUGACACGGCAGCAGUGACUUCCCUCAUCCAGUCACACCUCCCAGAGGCUUAUCUCAAGGAGGAUAUUGGUGGAGAGCUUGUGUAUGUGCUUCCACCCUUCAAGUCAACAGUCUCUGGGGCCUACCAGGCACUUCUCAGAGCCCUUGAUACCGGUUUGAAUGAUCUCCACCUUGGUUGCUAUGGGAUUUCAAACACAACGGUGGAAGAGGUAUUUCUCAAUCUGACAAAAGAGCUAGGGAAGCACCAGCAAGAAGAUGCUGAAUUGUCCCGACAGCUGCCUGCAUCCAGUGGUCAAACUGGCAGUGAUGAAAUGUCUGUGAGCACGGAUACCUUCACAGAAAGAGACGAUCAGCUGCUGAUUAGAUCGAAAAGCCUGAAGGGUUUGCCAUUGCUGCUCAAGAAGACAUCAGCUAUGUUCAUUAAGAGAUUCCACCACACCCGACGGGAUGUCAGAGGCUUCAUUGCUCAGGUCAUCCUCCCAGUCCUCUUUGUGACGGCUGCGAUGGGACUGGGGACGCUGAGAACUAAGGAGACUGAAUAUCCAGAACUGGUUCUUUCCCCCUCCUUGUAUGGCACAUCUGACCAGGCAGACUUCUUUGGGAAUUUUAAUGAAACCACAGAUGCUCUAGUUGCUUCGAUGCUUUCUUUCCCUGGAACAGAUAUUAUGUGCAUGAAUGAAAGCAACUCACGGUGUUUAACAGAGGACAUGCUUGGCCAGUGGAUUACCAAUGGAAACAAAAGAGCUAAGUAUUCUGCCUGCAACUGCACAGAUGGCAUCCAGACAUGCCCACCGAUGAACUAUUCUCCCCCUCACAGAAGAACCUUCUCCACGCGGACUCUUUAUAACCUCACGGGGCACAACGUGGAGACCUACCUUCUGGCAACAACCAAAGAUUUCCUGCAAAAACGGUAUGGUGGCUGGAGCUUCGGGCUGCCUUUGACAGCAGAUCUCCAGUUUGAUAUCAGGCCUGUGCCCCCAAACAGGACGUUGACUAAGGUGUGGUAUAAUCCAGAAGGCUAUCACAGCCUUCCAGCCUAUCUGAACAGCUUGAACAACUUCAUUCUUCGAGCUAACCUGCCAAAAAAUGUGACUUCCAGAUAUGGUAUUUUCUUAUCAGCUCACCCGUAUCCUGGAGGACAGAGUCAAGAACAAGUAAUGCUGAACAGCUUGCUUGAUAUCAUAGUUUCAAUGUCUGUUCUGGUUGGCUACUCUAUAACAACAGCCAGUUUUGUGCUAUAUGUGGUAAAAGAGCAUCAAACCAAAGCCAAACAACUGCAGCAUAUUUCAGGCAUCGGAAUGACAAGUUAUUGGGUGACCAACUUUGUUUAUGACCUGGUACUUUUUAUGGUCCCUAUUGGACUCUCAAUAGGAGUUAUUUCAGUGUUUCAGAUACCAGCUUUCUGCAACAACAAUAACUCACUGGCUGUAUUUCUUCUGCUCUUACUGUUCGGAUAUGCAACGUUUUCAUGGAUGUACCUGCUGGCUGGGUUCUUCAAAGAGACAGGAAUGGCAUUCAUCGUUUAUGUCUGUGUCAACUUGUGUUUUGGCAUCGAUACCAUCAUUACUCACUCGGUUGUGUUUCUGCUCUCCCAGGAAAAGGCCACAGACCAGGGCUUGCAUGACCUCGCUGAAAACUUGAGGCAUGCGUUCCUUCUGUUCCCGCAAUUUUGCUUUGGCUAUGGCUUGAUUGAACUGUCACAGGAUCAGGCACUGCUGGGCUUCUUAAAAGCCUAUGGAGUGGACUACCCUGACAAAACCUUUGAGCUGGACAAGACCACAUCCAAGCUGCUUGCCAUGUUUAUCCAGGGCACUGUAUUCUUUGCCAUUCGUCUCAUCGUUCAAGAUGGGAUGAUCCAGAAAGUCUGGAGUAACAUAUCAGAAUUCCUGUUUGACAGAGUGCAUGGCAAAGCAUCACUUCUGCCACCUGUGGCCGACGAGGACGAGGAUGUCCGGGCAGAGAGGAACCGGGUGGAGUCCGGCAAAGCAGAUUUUGAUGUGGUGCAGCUCCAGAAUCUCACAAAGAUAUACCACCUCCCUCACAAACGUAUCAUGGCCGUGAAAAACAUCAGCCUCGGGAUUCCUGCUGGAGAGUGCUUUGGCCUGCUUGGCGUGAACGGUGCUGGAAAGACAACCAUCUUUAAGAUGCUGACAGGCGAUAUUGGAGCUUCCAGCGGAAGGUUGCGGGUCCAGGACCAUUCUGGGUCCUUGAAUGACAUUGGUGAGGCACACUGGUCUCUCUUUGGCUACUGUCCCCAAGAAGAUGCCUUGGAUGACCUGCUGACGGUGGAAGAGCACAUGUAUUACUAUGCUAGGCUUCAUGGCAUCCCCGAGAGAGAGAUCAAAGGAGUCGUACUCCAGCUUCUCCACAGGCUGAAUCUGAUGGCCUACAAAGACAGAGUCACUUCUAUGUGCAGUUAUGGCACCAAUAGAAAAUUGUCAACUGCUCUGGCUCUCAUUGGGAAUCCAUCAAUUCUGCUGCUGGAUGAACCAAGCUCUGGAAUGGAUCCAAAUGCUAAACGCCACCUCUGGAAAAUCAUCAGUGAGGAAGUGCAGAACAAAUGCUCGGUUAUACUCACAUCCCACAGCAUGGAAGAAUGUGAAGCCCUCUGCACCAGGCUGGCUAUUAUGGUGAAUGGAAGUUUUCAGUGCAUUGGCUCAUUGCAGCAUAUCAAGAGCAGGUUUGGAAGAGGAUUCACUGUGAAGAUGCACUUAAACAGCAACACAGUUAGCACAGAGACGCUGACACAAUUCAUGAAGUCGCACUUUCCAAAUGCAUGCCUGAAGGAUCGGCAUUUCAACAUGGUGGAGUAUCAUGUACCAGUCUCUGCAGGAGGAGUAGCAAACAUAUUUGAUCUUCUGGAAACCAACAAAACAGCUUUCAAAAUCAGGCACUUCUCAGUGAGUCAAACAACAUUAGAGGAGGUUUUCAUCAACUUUGCUAAAGAUCAAGCAGAUCCUGACAGUGCAGAUGCCAGUCCCGAUGUGGCAUCGGACAGCUGUGACACAAGUAGCCAAGACAGCACCAUAAGCGCCAUCUAUUGAAGGGACCCAACCACAGGGUAUCAAAGGCUGGGGAAUAGACCUGAUGACCCCAGGGAGUUCUUCCUGCCCUGAUUUGGAUGAUUCUAGGAUGGAGGGAACAAAAAGCCACAUUUUCUUAAAAUACUUUUUUUUUUUAAUAUACACGUAUUUUGUUACUGGGAGUAUGGUAGACGGUUAAAACUGGCAUUUGGUUACAAAUCAAACUGAUCUUUCCACAGGUUCUUCCCCCCCGCCCCUCCCAGUUCUUGUUUUAUGAUCACUUUUAUGCCUGUGAGGACUUAGUUGACAUCACCUGCUCUUGCUGCUGGUGGUUAUUUGCUUACAGUAGGAAUGGUCGUGAUGGAGCAGAGGAGCUGUUGGCAGUGCAGGGUGUUAGACACAAAGGCAGCCCCACGGCUGCCCCCUCUGAAAACCCACGCUGCGCUCCUUGCUUGGAAACAGACUUGCUGGCUGACCAUGAGAAAGUUGCUCAGUUUUGACAGUUUCCCAACUAGUAAAAUGGGGUUCAUGGCGCUGCCCUACAUCACAGGGGUGUUGUGAGGAUGUAGGUGUUACGUACUGUGAGUUGCAUAUGCCGUUGGUGGGGGCCACCUUUGGUAAUGAUGUAAAGCUUAUCUGUACAUGUGGGUUAUGUCAGUAUAAAUAUAAUUAUUUUGAAAUCGGUG